GUACCUAUAGGGAACUCAAUUGCGGAAUACAUCUACCCCCAAAUUUGCAUAGCGCUGCUAUACGCCACCAUCCACUGAAGUUACAAGUUGGAAAUUCGACUACUAUAUCUAAGAUUUGGACAUUUUGAGCUUAAUCUUUGACGCUCAAAUAAAUAAUAUAGACAGAGAUGGUAACACCAAUUACAAGGAUCGACAUUUCAUGCCUACCUCUCGAGUAGGAUGGGUGACAUCACGACAAUGUAAUGCGGGGAGAACAACCAACAUCUAAAUUUCAACUCGACUUGGAAACAUGUUCAAAACUUAUUACCUGGGACUUGAAAACAUAUCAACCGGUCAAUCAACCAAUUGCUAAAAUUGAAGCCUAGAAAGAUGAUGGUCUAUCUAACUACGUGGAUAUCCCUUUUUGCGUUGGAGGUUUUGGCUGUAGCCGGUCAACGACAGCCCGCUGAGCAGAUUGUAAUUACUCCAUCCGAGCCGCAUCAAUUAGAUCCGGACGUAUCCAAGGUCCAGCAUGAGUUGAAAAAAGCCGAGAUAUUUCCAACAGUUAUCGACAAAUUCCUCCCCUCGUUUCUCCUUGACGCGACAUGGCCAUCGGGAGAACGUGCAGAACUAGGCAACACCAUGAAGGUAGACGACGUCCAAGACAACCCCACCAUCACUGUACGCCAGAGCCACUCAUCAUUAUCAUCCUCGUCGUCCAAUGAGAAGCGCCCCGGCAUAACCUACACUAUCACAAUCACCGACCCGGACGCACCGUCCCGCGACAACCCGGAGUGGUCUGAGUUCUGCCACCUCAUCGCCACGGGGUUAGACAUCUCAUCAUCAUCACCAUCAUCCGAGUCCACCACUACUUCUCUCCGACCGUCCAGCUUGAACUACAUCAUGCCGUACAAGCCCCCCGGGCCUCCCCCCAAGACCGGGAAGCACCGAUACGUGUUUCUGCUAUUCGCCCCCGCGAACGGCACCACGGACCCGCUCCACCCGACCAAGCCGGAGGACAGGAAGCACUGGGGCACGGGCAAAGCGCGACACGGCGUGCGGGACUGGGCGGAGGAGAACGGGCUGAAACCUGUUGCGGCAAACUUUAUCUACGCUCAGAAUGAGGAACAGUGAUAGCACUGCACUCCCAUAUGGAUAUAUGAGCCAGGGCCCCAAAAGCCUGAUUGGCUUGGAAACACGACGUCAACCUUGGGGAUGCCUGCAGCGCUUAAGAAGACGCAGAUGUCCCUCUAGAACUGUCCAUAUCUCUCUUAGGGCGUCCACACGUGUUUGUGGAACAAGGGCUUCUUGGUUCUGGAAAUUGCCAUAGAGAAUAGGGCCGCGCUGUGAAGCUUAUCUGACCAGGGGGCUAGAUUUUUUUUGAUUCUUUUGACAUACGUCUUCCAAGAAUUUGCCUGCACGACUAAAGAUUGUUUUGGUAUUGUGGUCAGGUAUACCCGCGAUGGGAACCCACAUAUCCUUAUACCCCUGAGUAUGUCACCCCUCCCCCUAUAGUCUCGUCCCAAGACCACACAUAAUAAAGAAGUC